UGCGGAACCGGCUGUUUUACCUCAGCCUGCAGACCAGCAAGACGAGUUACAGGGGACGUCAACUCUCCCUCCCGGAUUUGCCGGGAGACUCCCGGAUUCAGAUCGAAUCUCCCGGUCUCAAGAUUUUAGCCCUAAAUCUCCCGGAUACGCACGAUAUUUUCAUAGAAUGAUAUUAAUUACUAACCAUCAUUGUAGAUUUUUAUUUUCACAGAAGACCUUCAAUGAAUUAUAUCAUGUUUCCUCGAUCUUUCGAUACGGAACGAAAUACCUACAGGCRUUGCUUACGUAUACUMGCGCAUGAAAAAURUAUAAACUGAUUAUGCAACGUUAUUUGUGACGUCAUUCACAUGGUGUGACGUCAUACACAUAAUCGAGGCAAUUUCUCCAGAUAUAUAAAGCUCUGAGGUUGACAUCCCUGGAGUUAAACCUUGAGGGCCUACCACCCGCGAAACGGCUAUUCGUACCAGCUGUAGCAUGUCCUUCUUGCAACUACGCCAAUGACUACGUGUUUCGAUUUUGUCAGAUGUGUGGGUAUAACCGAAAAUAUCAACCCCAGUCYUCGAACACAACAGCAGAAGUCAAUAUUGAGUCGAUUGAUGAGCGGCUGUUGCAGCUACGGGAAUCCGUUCAGAAUUCCUCAUACUCAAAGCAGAAGUCUUCUCUUAGACUUGAGUUUGAAACAUUUCUGCGCUCGCUAMCUCGCCGCAAAUGUAUUUUUUCAGCAGCGCCAGAGGAUGUUGCCCGCUUCCUGGUAUGGAAGGAUCCUUCUGGCAAAAAGGCCGUCCAUGUCRAUAGCUGCCCRAAUAUCGCUUCCCAAAAGGUUACAACAUGUGCCUGUCCAAGACGUCUAGCAUUUAAGACAGUGGAUUCUUAUGUAGGGAAGCUUCGCGCCAUUUUCAAUGAAGCAGGUCGAACAGGCGAUUGGAACGGAAUGCUGGGCUUUGGAAACCCGGCCGCGUCUCCCGAAGUUCAGCAAUACCUCAAAGCUGUGACUGAAGAACAACUACGUGCCCAUAUGAGGCCAAAACAGGCAACCCCGCUUUUUCUCUCAAAACUGCUGCUUCUUGCUAGGCUAUGGGACAGGAAGCUUGCCAAUGCGUCAACCCAGCCUGUAAACCAUUUCACGUUAGCUCGCGACCAAGCCUUUUUCAAAGCACUCUUUUUUAGCUUCGACAGGGGAUCAGAACUUGGUUCGGUAAGGACUUCGGAAAUUUUACGUUUCCCCCGAGAUGAUGGUCUACUCUUCAAUCACGUUUGGGGUAAGACCCUAAGGGACGGCACAUCUAAUGUUUUUGGUAUCCGUAGRCAUGCCAACCCGCAGAUCUGCCCUGUGCGAGCAAUAGAAACGUAUGUUGCUACUGCUGCUGAGUUGCGCAUCGAUCUGUCUGAUGGCUACCUGUUUAGGCCAACAAAUCAUCAAGGCCAUAUUGUUAAUAAAGCGUUCCUUAGUUCAACGGCAGAAGGGCGUCUUAAAACCUACCUAAAAGAGGCUAACAUAGAUGAGGGAGAAACCCUGCACAGUUUCCGUGCGGGGUMGGCCAUAACAUUGGCGCUGUCGGGAGCGCAAUUGGCAGAUGUAAUGGCUCACGUUGGUUGGAGCAAUAAGGGAACCGCUUUGUAUUACAUGAAGCUCGCCGAUGUGCUUCGGGCGGGUAGCCCUUCGGACCUAUUGGCAUCAGCAGACGGUUCUCCAUCAUCCUCCACUGACGUCUACUCCGAUCUCAAUCAUUUAAAGGGUUUUGUCGUGGCAUUCCCGUAGGCGAYGCCUURURUAUGUUGCAUCAUCAAUUAAAAUCUUGUAAAUCGUUUGUUUGAGCGUGUUAGUCUGGGAGUUUAGAAUGGGCUUUGGGCGUCAGCUCUAUUUUGAGUUUGGGCAUACCGGGCAGGUGUUCUCUGGUUCCGUUUUCGU